AUGCUCAAGUCUUACACCCACCCAAUUCAGCAAUUCCUAGGAAAUUUGGAACUUCUCCUACCCCACCGUUUGCUGAAGCAAGUUACGGCUGCAACAAUGAGUCCCCAGGCAUACCCAUCCCCAAGUGAGGACUCCACAGAGGGACAGAAGUCAGCCCUUCCCAGCAAUGGCUCUGACUCUGAAACUUCCUGCCAACGCUUCAGGCACUAAUGCUCCCAGGCGGUAGCUGGCCCCCAUGAAGGAUUUAGCAAGCUCUGGGAACUCUGCUGUCAGUGGCUAAGGCCUAAGACACACUCAAAAGAGCAAAUACUGGAGCUGCUGGUUUUGGAGCAGUUUCUCACCAUCUUGCCCCAGGAGAUCCAGACCUGGGUGAGGGAGCAACAUCCAGAAAAUGGUGAGGAAGCUGUGGCUGUAGUUGAGGAUGUACAGAGUGCGUCUGGGCAACAGGUCCCAGAUUCAGGGAAGGACUGGAAAGUGCUCAGUGAGGAGACAGACCCUUGGGGACCAGCCAGAGAGUCACAGAGGUCCCACCUGAAAUGGCGGGUUCAUCCAGAGGGAAGCACUUUGACGGGGUCACGGAGCUCACAACAAAGAUCAGGGAAACAGCCAGAAGCCUGGCUGACGGCACAGCCUCCCAGGAACCUUCCAGAGGAAAGGGGUCUUGGAGACCAGGAGACAGGCGCUGUGCAUGGGACAGCUGGGGCCCAGGGAGCGGCCACGUGUGAGGACAGAGCUGCACUCCUCGGUCAGGAAAGGCGGAUACACCUCGGCCCGGCACAGAGGGCGCUCCGCAGGGACAUUUCACGGAGGAAUGACAAAAACGACUCUCUGGGUCUUGAGAUCACGAAUGGAAUUAAAAACGAGAAUCAAAAAUGGGAAGAUCCAGAGGAGGCAGAAGUGAAGAAGGCCCUUUGGAGAAAGUCUAGUGGCCUUUUUUGCCACCCUGAGACCAAGAGAGACAGGAAGGGUGAGCCUAUGCUGAGAGAGCCACAUAGACGUUCUCCAGAUGAGCGGGAGGGGAUGGCCCUGUCCCAGGACGGGGGGGGGGGGGGGGGGCAGCAGACACUCUGUGCUGGAGAGAAGGCCUGAGCAAAUCUGAGCAGAGAAACCUGCUCUCAGGGAUCUCUCUGUCGCCACCAGCCAGGCCCCGAACUGGAAAAAGCUUCUAAGUGUCAGGAAUGUGGGAAAAGCUUUAGCCGAGGUCCUUACCUUGUUUGGCAUGGGAGAAUCCACACGGGAGAAAAGCCUGACAAGUGCGGCGAAUGCGGGAAAGGCUUCAGCGAGCGCUUCGACCUCACUGCCCACCUAAGGACGCACACGGGGGAGAGACCCUACCGCUGUGGGCAGUGUGGGAAAAGCUUCAACCAGAGGUCCGGCCUCAGUGUCCACCGGAGGACCCACAAUGGGGAGAAGCCUUACCGGUGCACCGUCUAUGGGAAGAGCUUCAACAACAGCUCCCAGCUCAGCGCUCACCGGCGAGCCCAGGCCGGGCGGAGCCCCCACCUGUGUGUGCAACGUGGGAGAAGCUUCGGCAGCAGCUCCCACUCCAGUGGCCACCAGAAAACGCACACCGGGGAGAAGCCUCACAACUGCUCGUGUGAGAGAAGUUUCACUAAGCUCCGUGCCCCCAUCUGCCAUCAGGGGGCACACGAGGACGACACCUCACAUCGCCAGGAAAGGACACACGGUACAGGGCUGGAGACCCAACAGGCCAAUUCCGUACGUUGACGGGUCUCCUGGAGGUUCUGUCUGCUCACGGAGGCUUCUGCUAGCCAGUCCCAGGCUCCCAGGCGCAGCAGGAGACUCACAAGUGGACCUCGAGAACCUCGGGCAGGAGUAGCAAUCGGCGUGAGAACGCCAAGCUUGCUUUCCCGGUCUGCCUGUGACCCACAGUCCUGUGUCACCGUGGACUUCCAUCUGCUCUCAAGAAAGGGGGCUGCGGGAUCCAAAGUCCUGCCAGAAUUCGAGGGUAACCGUGUUCCGAACAGAGGAUAGGUGGCUAGGGGCCUGGGAAGUGUUCCUGGGGCAGGUCAGGGGAGAAAUUUUCCCUCAUGGGAAGCACAUCUCAAAGUUAACCGCCUAGAUGUUUCCUAACCCAAUAAUGACCUGUAGGCAUCUGCUUGCAGGAACGUCCACCUCCGAGUCGAUCACUGCUGUGUAUCCCAGUCACCCAGAGAAGACGGCAGAGCUGGAGGGAUGGCUCAGGCCACCAGGUACUACUACUCUAAGUGACUUAAUCUCAGAGCAAGUGAGACAUCUGGGUUCCUCUAAGAUUUCUCCCAUGUAUGGCCCCGACCCAGGUUCCUGCUUUGUGGUCUGGUACAGUUAACGGUUUCCACAGGUUCAUACGCGUCACUGUUUCUGAAGAAAAUAAAGGUGUUUCUCUCUCCGCUGUUGGCCUUUGGUCUGAAUUCUCGCCAUCAGAAACUUCAUCCUCCUACAGAUCCCACA